UUCAGCUUUUUUUUUUCAGAGGAGUUUCUGUUGAAAAUUUUGAGUUAUGGAGUGCAUCGAGACAAGAGCGUUGAAAUCAAGCUUCCUGUUGAAAACAAAUCCUCAGAUGUUCCAAAACGACGACGUUUGGUGCCUGACUAAGAUUAGCAGCGUCGCAGCGGAUGAUUUCUCGGUCGAGGACCUCCUUAACCUGGACCUCCCCGAAAAAGAGUUUCAGGAGGGUUAUAUUAGUCUUUCUAGGGAAGAUCAUCAAUUUCGUGAAAAAGAAUUGUCUAAUAACUCGUCUUCUAAUUUCACCGGCGCCGACGAAAUUGACAGCCUGUCUGGACUUGCUUUGCCGGUGGAUGAUUUGGAGUGGUUAUCCCAAUUCGUGGACGACUCUACAUCCGGGCUCUCUCUGUUGUGCCCGGCCAGAAAUUUCAAACCGGGUCCAAAUCCCACCAAACGGGCCCAACCUGCCCAACAAAACCGGGCCCCACGCUUCCCUUUACCGAUCCACGGCAAAGCCCGAAGCUCGCGCUCGAGAAAACCGAGCCUCCGGCCUUGGGCCCUAUCUUCUCUUCCGUUGACCACCGUUGACUUUUCAUCUUCCUCACACGACCAGUCCAAUUUAUCUGCUUUAGUUCUCCCGAACUUCAACACCGAAAAGUUUUCACGCCCAGAAAAGUCGCGGGCCAAAAAGCAAAAAAGGAGGGCCGAGCCCGAUUGCGUUUCUGGCCGGAGGUGCACGCAUUGCGAGGUGCAGAAGACCCCACAAUGGCGGGCCGGGCCCUUGGGCCCGAAAACUUUGUGCAAUGCGUGCGGCGUGCGGUACAAAUCGGGCCGACUUUUCCCCGAGUACAGGCCCGCUUUCAGCCCGACUUUUUCGCACGAGUUGCAUUCAAAUAGCCAUCGGAAAGUGAUUGAGAUGCGCCGGAAUAAGAAGGAGAUGGAGCUGGUUUAGGCCCGGUUUAAUGGAGUUUGUAAGUUGUUGGGUCGUUUUUUUGGGGUAGUAUGGGCCACAGCCGGUUUACGUGAAACGGUGGCGUUUGAGGUUGUGAAAUUUUGAAGGCUUUGGUGGUUAUGGAUAAUGGAUAGGCUAAGCUAGGUUAUGGCCAUAGGAUAUGGGGGUUAUGAUUUAUGAAUUUANCGGUUGUGCAAUUCAUUUAUUUU